CGAAGAGCCCUAUCGAUGCCAACGCCAUCAAGUUGACAACUGUAUGUCACGAUCUCAGUCAUUCUCCCAAAACAUCUGUUGAUUCAGUGAACCUCUCAUUCAGAAUUCUUGGAUUCAGCUUCAUGAAAAAUAACACGAAAACAUUCGUUGUGAACGAUAUUUUUUUUCUCCCCAACAGUUAUCGAUUAAAGGAAUAUCAUCACACAUGAAAAACCGUGAGAGACAUAACCUCCAAAUGGCAAGUGAAACGUAAACACUGGAGCAAGAGUCAAACCCAGCCAUUGGUGUGGAUUCAAGACACCGAAAUAAAUAAAUAAUCAGUAAUUAUUGAUUAACCACUAAUGAGAAAAACCUCAUAAAAUAGCCAUAAAUCAAUUCACGAUAACAAUAAGACAUGUGGGUGAUGAACAAUUGAAGUUGGACUUGACAAAACAAAUUCUGGAACCAAAAUAACUCCAAAACCGUGAGAACAAUUGUUAAAUAAUGGAUGUGAGCACGUUAUUUCGAGCAUGUGUGAAGACAGUGAGCCUCCGGAAGGAGGCCCUCUCCGAGGAAAUCCCUAGAAUGCCUGCUCGCAGGCAAAAGCAAGAAUCGCCGUUCCAAGUAAGGACCAAGUCCCUGGUGACUCAAAUCUCCAAGCUCCAGCAGUUUUUGUUGGAGAACAGACCAGCUUACCUGAAUCUAUCGAAACACUUGGCCCUGGUCAACGCCAUGACAGACGCCGAAAGAGAUGAGAUAGACAACGGGGCACAGGGAAUAAUGACAACGUGCUCUGGCUUGAUAAAGGAGCUUGAAAGGGAGACAGCGCAGACAGACAUGAGCCACCAGAAUCGUGAGCACCGUAUGACGAUGCUGGAUCUCAUAAAACAGUACCUAGAGAACGUAUGCAAGGUUUACUCGGAGCAAAGGGCGAUUCGUUACAAGAAAAUGAUGGAGUUGAAGAAGCUGUCCAAGUUGGAGCUCGAGACGAGCUCUGAAGGAUCCCUGAAGGCCCACAGGGCCGAACCAGAGCCAGAGAGGAGGGACACAUCGGCCUCUGCUGGAUCCAGUCCUCUGAAGGUCCAGGAGAUGAAUGGCGAUGUGUCACCCAUGGUCUACGAGGAGGCACCGUCCCCUGAGGACAUUCAGAUGUUCGAGUCUGAGAAUGAACAGCUGUACAACGAACUCAACACCAUCACUGAGGAGGUCAGGCUCAUUGAGAGCAAAGUCGUUCACAUUGCUGAACUCCAGGAGAUAUUCACGGAGAAGGUGUUGCAGCAGGACAGGGAUCUUGAUAAACUCGUAACAACGGUGGUGGGAUCCACAGAGAAUGUCAAGGAAGCUAAUGAACAGAUUCGACAAGCCAUUCAGAGAAAUGCUGGUCUGAGAGUUUGGAUUUUGUUCUUUUUACUUGUCAUGUCGUUUUCGUUGCUGUUUCUCGAUUGGUACAAUCCCUGAGGAUUUUUCUUUUAAUUCAUAAAGGGAGAGGGGGGGAGGGAUAUUUUGUAAGAGAAAAUAAUAAAUGUUCAUUUGUAUUUUACUUAUCAGCUUCGUUAAUGAGAUCUUGACACUGAAAAUAAUUUCUCGAUUUGCAGAAAAGUCAAUGAGACGAGGUAACUUUAGCAGACUUCCUGCAUUACCGAGGCGUUGACAAUGUAGGAAAUAGAGCAGAAUUAUCAAUAUCUCAUUAAAGUUUGUGCCUAAGUGGUUACGAUUAUCCCAAGAUGAUACUUAUUGGAUUAAUUUUUACAGAUAAAUAAAUAUUAAUAUAUAAAUAAGUGAUUUUCUUAUGCAAAAGUUAGAAAUAUUCAUUUGGAAAAUGAAGUAAAAAAAAAUCAAAAAAUUGCCAAAAUAUGUCAAUAUAUUUUUAUCGCUUUUUCUUCUUAUCACCAGAAAAAUUGUACAGUCGCUACGGCUUAGGUAAACAAAAGUUGAUACAAUUAUUACAUAUAUGUUUAUGAUUGAUAACACUUGUAUCAAGCUCCGAUAGAGUCCACCAGUUUAAAUGUUUCAAUUUGGUUCAAUGGAAUCCAUAAAAGUCUUGUUUUUUUAAUUCACUGUCGAUUGAAGACGAUUCACCAUAUCCUCCACUCUUUCCCCAGCCACCAAAUACUUUAUAAUCACGAGAAAAAAAUUAUAGUCACAGGUCUGAAGCACCUGCUCGUGAGUUUAAGCCAGUGAACAAAGCUUUCGGGGAGAAAAAAAAUUAAUUCUGAGAUAUAAAUGCAACAUAAGCCUGUAGACGAGAGAACACGUCGUACAUGGAGAAGAAGACAAACAAUAAAGAAAACAAAGAGAAAAAAAAA